AUGGGCGUCCUGCUGUUCUCGACACCUGCAAGAUCGACUGAUGGCCGUCAGCUGCUACAGGCCAUAACAGAUUUCCCACCGGGAUGCAAGUGCGACCGGACCUCUGAAUCCUCGCCAUACCAGCUGGUGUACGACCAGGAAGGCUCCACGCCCAUCUCCGGCUUCAACCGCCAUUGUUUUUAUAUUCAAAAGGCCAGCUGCAACGCCAGCAGUGUUUGCUGCAACGCCUCCAGCGGGGUUUACAAAGUCGAGCUCGAUGUUGUGCCUGCCUGCAAGCAGGCCUUAAAGCGUGUGACGGUUGACGGCAAUCCGUACAGCGCUUGGGAGUUCAACGCCGCUCUCGGCAUGCUGCGCGUGACUCGGCUCAACCUUACGGAGAUCUCAGCCCCCGGUACCCAGAUCUGCUAUUUCCUCAAGAACGACACAGCCUGCUCAACUCUUGCAAAGUUAUGUGCGCUGGGGACGGGCGCCUGCAAGUACUCCCUCUUCAACUUUCAACGCGACUGCUGCCCCGUGGGCGUUGCCAACCCGCCGCCGCCGCCACCAUCGCCGCCGCUGCCGGCAAUUGUCCCUGGCAGCAUACGCCCGGUGCCGCCCGCGCCGCUGGAUCAGCCGCCAUCUCCGCCGCGCUCCGAUUUCCCUGACUGUGUAUGCGAACGGGAUCCUGAUGGCUCACGCCUGUACCUGAAGCCCAACAUUACCAUCACACCCGCUGAGAAGAACCUUACCAGCAUCUGCUUUACUGUUGGCAUGCGCGAUGUCUGCUCCAAGCCGGAGCUGGGUUGCUGCGAGUUCACACUUUAUAAGCUGGAGUUCGAGGCCGACGCCGCGUGUGCCCCAGCGCUCGCAUACAGCACUGUGGAUGGCGAGAGACGCAUGCGCCUGUUCCAAUUUACGCCCUACCCUGCCAUUAAGGUGACGGGCAUUGGCAAGGACUUCUCGCGCGCCCCAGAGACGGAGGUGUGUCUGUUUAUGAAACCCAGAUGCAACACUCUGCAACAGCUCGGUGCGUUUCAUGAUGGCACUAUCACGGUGGGCAUCGCCAACAAACCGGGAUCCAAACCUGCCACCUGCUGCCCUCUUUUCUACGCUGGCCAAUAG